AUGGAGCGAGGAUAUCAAACAAUGGGCGGGCCGAGUUCAUCCAGUUCAUUAGUGACAGAAAGAACCCCACUAGUGGGAGGCCAAUACCGCAGAAUGGUUGAAAAAAACUUCGGAAUAUCCCAACAAACGCUAGUUUCAGCGACCAGCGAAAAUGAAAACAGCGGCCGAAAGCUUCCGCAGUACAUAGCGGGUCUAGCAGCAACACUAGGAGCUCUCGCAGCGGGAAUGGUCCUCGGAUGGACCUCACCCGCUGGAAAAGACGGAGUAUUACUCUCGGCAGAAUACAAAAUCCCAAUAUCACCAACAGAGUUUUCCUGGAUCGGUUCGAUAUUCAACCUGGGAGCCGCGACAAUCUGCGUACCAAUCGGGAUCCUCAGCAACAUAAUCGGGCGGAAGCGAGCGAUGUUAAUUCUAACAGUGCCAUUUGUCCUCGGGUGGGUGCUAAUAAUCUGGUCGAACUCCGUGGUGAUGUUUGACAUCGGGCGCUACAUUUUGGGAGUGAGCGGCGGAGCUUUCUGCGUAACAGCCCCGAUGUACACCGGGGAAAUCGCGGAAAGCUCAAUUCGAGGCAGUCUGGGGUCCUACUUCCAGCUGAUGAUGGUCACAGGUAUCCUGGUGACUUAUAUCCUGGGCUCUGAAAUCUCAAUCUUCAAUUUGUCGCUGAUCUCUGCGAUAAUUCCGCUGAUUUUCUGCGGAGUUUUCUUCUUCAUGCCCGAGACGCCGACGUACUACCUGAUGAAGGGCCAGAUCAACGAAGCCAGAGAGAGCUACAGGUGGCUCAGAGGACCGCAUUACAACAUCGAGCCAGAACUGGAAGCCCAGAAGGAAGCCCUGGAUGAAGCGAGCCGCAAUAAAGUGUCUUUUCUUACCGCAAUUCGCUCAAAAGCGGCGAUUAAGGGACUGAUGAUCGCUUUCGGGCUGAUGUUCUUCCAGCAGCUCAGCGGAGUCAACGCGAUUAUUUUCUACUCUGGCUCCAUCUUCGAAACCGCUGGAAGCACCCUGAACUCCAGCGUAGCGACAAUCAUCGUUGGAACCAUGCAAGUGGUCGCUGUCUUCGUCAGCACGCUGAUUGUCGACCGACUUGGCAGGAGAAUGCUGCUCCUGAUCUCCAGCGUUGCCAUGUGUCUUACUACCCUCGUCCUCGGAGUCUACUUCAACAUGAAGAUCCACAACACCGCCGGGGUCGACUCCAUCGGCUGGCUGCCUCUAGUUUCCAUCUGUCUCUUCAUCAUUCUCUUCUCGCUAGGGUUCGGUCCCAUUCCCUGGAUGAUGAUGGGGGAAAUUUUUGAUAACCAGGUCAAGAGUGUCGCUGGAAGCAGCGCUUGUCUCUUCAACUGGCUCAUGGCUUUUGUUGUUACUAAGUUCUUUAGUGAUAUUCAGGAUGCUUUGGGGACUGAUAUGACUUUUUGGAUCUUUUCGAUUAUCUGUGCGAUUGGCGUAGCUUUUGUUUUCUUUAUUGUUCCUGAGACCAAGGGGAAGACGCUAGAACAAAUUCAGAUUGAACUGGGUGGAGGCAGCGAGAGGUCUUCUAGUGAUUUACCAGGUAGUAAAUCUUAA